AUUAGUUUUUUCAUUUUUUUUUUCUUUUUAACUUAAUAAAAUAAAAAGACGCAAAAAUUAAAGAAAGAAUGGAGGAUCCAUGGAGCAAUGAAAAAUGCUUAGAAUUAAUUGAUUUAUAUGAAAAGCAUACAGAGUUGUGGGAUUCAAAACACCCACUGUACUAUCAUAAGAAAAAUAGAAACGAAAGUUGGCAAAAAGUUGCGUCACAUUUUGGCACUGAUAUUACCAGUAUAAAAAGAAAAAUGUUCAGUUUAUUGGGUUCUUUCCGAAUACAAAAAUCUAAAGGAAAAGAAAUUGUUGGUGAAGGUCCAAACAAGAAGGAAAUCUAUGUUUCAAAAUGGUUUGCUUUUGAAAGAAUGGCGUUUUUACUUGAUCAAAAGGAGUCUCAACACGAAAACGACUCUUGUGAUGUAAUGUACGAAACAUUUGAGAUAAAGGAAGAAAGUGACUCGGAUGUUGAAUUUUAUGAAAGUGAACCAGUUCAAAAUAUGAUUAUUAGUGACGCUAGAACAACAACUUCACCAAAUUUUAUCAACAAAGAACCAGUCGAACCAACAUCUUCUGAAAUAGAUUUCAAUAAAUCUCUUUCUACAGAACCGAAACGGUGCACAAACGUAGAAAUUCCUUUUGUUGAUUUAAAGAAUCAAAAUUCAAUUAAAUCAAAACUUCAAGAUAAACAAAAUAGUAUAACAGUUAGAGAAGAAAACUUAUAUAAAAGGAAAGCCCCCGAAGUAUCAUGUAAUGAUCAGCACAACAAAAUAGUACGAUUAGACAGUGCGCAACAAAAAAAUGUAAACAACUGUAUAUCUUCCGAAACAAUCGGAGUGAAAAUGAAUAGCAUUCAAAUUUUUAGUCAAUAUAUAGCAAGUAAAUUACAAGGUUAUAGCGCCAAAACAAGAGCGGUUGCAGAACACGCUAUCAAUAAUGUUUUAUUUGAAGCCGAUCUAGGACGAUAUGAAACUAAAUGGAGCGAGCUUAAACUCCAUAUUUCACCCAGAAACAAAACUUAUUUUAAAAUGGCAAUAAUUAUAGAAGAAACGUGGAGUAAUGAAAAAUGUUUAGAAUUAUUAGACAAAUAUGAAAAAUAUCCAGUAUUAUGGGACACUAAGCACCCAAAUUAUUACUCGAAAACCAUAAGAACCGAAAAUUGGCAAAAAGUGGCUGACUACUUUGACACCGAUGUUGCAAAUAUAAAAAGAAAAAUAUGCAGUUUAAUGGGUUCAUUUAGAGCUCAAAAGGCUAAAGGCAAAGAAAUCAUAGGAGAAGGUUCAAAUGCAAAAGAAGUUUACGUUUCCAAAUGGUUUGCUUUUGAACGAAUGUUGUUUUUGUUAGGGCAAACAGAAAACCCACGAAAUUUUGGCGAUAGUGAAUGUGAUGAAGGAACUUUUGAUACGUAUGAAAUUAAAUAUGAAGUUGAUUCUGAUGUAGAAUAUAACGAUAAUCCAAUACAAAGUCCCCAAAGUGAAAAAUGUGAUUUUAAGAACAGAAAUAGUUCUUUAAAUUCACGUUACAACGUAGCCCAACAUUCCGAAUUUACUUCUGUUCAAAAUAGUUUACAAAAAACUGAGGAAACUAAUACAAAUGUAAAAUCAAAUUUGAGUUUCAAUAAAUAUACGUUCCAUUGUGAUCAACCAAAUGGAUACUUGGGUUUAAAAAAAAAUCUUUCAGAUGAUGAAUCUUCAAGUUUUCGGAAACGGAAUACUAAUGACAAUAACGCUAAUAUAAUACCGCAAAAAAAAGUACGAGUUGAUUCAAAUAAAAAUAACAAAGGAAGUCAGUGUGAAAUAUUUGAAGCACAUAAAACCCCAACACUAAAUCAAAACAUUUUUGGGCAAUACGUUAACUAUAAAAUACAAGGUUACAGUUCGAAAACAAAAGCUAUUGUAGAACAUGCAAUUAAUAAUAUUUUCUUCGAAGCUGAUAUGGGUUGGUAUGAAAAUGUAUCACCACAGCCACAAAGUAAAAUAUUACGUUUUACCUAACAAUUGUCAUUAAUUCAAUAGAUUUAGUUAAAUAGCGGAUAAUAUGAUAUAUAAAAUUAUGAUUUUAUAUUAAUAUUUGGAAUAUGCUACUGUAUUAUUAGAAAUUCUUACAUAUUGUAAGCUUGUAGCUAUAAAAUAGUCAUGUAUAUUUUUAUUGUUAAUUUAAUAAUCUAAUGAUCCAAACAAGUAAACAACAAUUGUGUAAACUGUGUGAUUUAUUCAUAUUUUACUGUUAAAUGAUUCGUCCUUUUUCACUAGAUUAAAUUCAAUUCUGUUAUAUACUAAGCCACACAUACAGCUUAGUAUACAACGGAUACAAAUACAUACUUGUGGAGAAAAAUAGCUAACUCAGGGAUAAAAUUUUAUACAGCUUUCUAAAGUCUCUUACUUUACUACCUGUUAUGAGUUAUUGAGGCCAUUCAAAAGUCAAACAAAAGCCUGAGAAAACAAAUUUUUAUUAACUCAAGAAUUUUUGAAGUCCAAUAACUUUUACGUAUCGAUUGAAUGACUAUUGAUUAUACAAAUUUAAUAAAAUAUAAUUUAAAUCAUUAAAUUUUUCAUUUGCAUUCCAGUUUUUCAAUUUAA